GUCGAUAUUUUUUAUUAUACCGCCGAAGAUGACUACCGAACAACAACAACAACAGCAGCGAUGGUCAGUAAUGUCCCGAUUGUCGUCCAUAUCGUUGCUGUCGCCGUCGUCGGCCGACUAUAUUACCGAAAUGUUUGAAAUGGUCAGCAUAUGGAUGGAUCAGUUGACAGCAUUUUAUCUAUCCUAUCCUCGAUGGUUUGUGGCCAUCAUAUUUGCCAUUGUCUUCUUUAUCUAUUAUCUUCGACAAGUGGUUACGAAACCGGCCUUUUUCUGUGCCGACGGAAAGUUUCGAUGGUUUUUGUUGGCCAACUGUUCGAAGAUUCAACGAAAAUAUUGGCCACCAAUUUGGGCCAUUCAGACACACAUACAGACAGCGUUGGCCAACUUUUUGCGCGGCCGACUACCGAACCUACCCUAUAGACGUGAAUAUAUCUAUACACCCGAUGGCGGUCUUAUAUCACUCGAUUGGUACGAUCCCGAAGCCAAGGCCACUACGACAACAACAACAACAACAACGACUACCACGAGGACCAGUGAACCCGUGCCGAGCUCGUCGGGUACGACAAUCGAUGACCAAUUGAAACCGAUUGCAUUAUUCCUGCCCGGACUGACCGGCGAUUCCCAAACUGAAUAUAUUAAACCAUUGGUUCCCGUUGCCCAUUCACUCGGCUAUCGGGCCGUAGUGUUCAACAAUCGGGGCCGGGGCAAUAUGAAGCUGACAACACCGCGUUUCUAUUGCGCUGCCGAUUACGAUGAUCUUAAACAAGCAUUGCAUCACAUGCGCCGACACAAUCAUCCGGAAACAAAAAUAGUGGCCACCGGUAUAUCGUUGGGCGGUAUUGUAUUGGGACGCUAUCUGAUAGAUAUGGGCGACAAAGCGCUGGUCGAUGCGGCUCUACUGAUAUCCGUUUGUUGGGAUCUAUUAGCCGGUGCCGAAAGUCUAGAAAAACCCGGUCUAAACUACAAACUCAAUCAACAUCUGACCCGAUCUCUGUUGUAUAUAAUCAACGAUAAUAAAGAAAUGUUUGAUUCGGUUAUCAAUAUUGAAGAUCUAAACAAAAGUAAAACAUUGAGAGAGUUUGACGAAAGUUUUACAAUCAAAAUGUGGGGUUUCAAGAGUGUUAAAGACUAUUAUCUACAGUCUAGUCAUAAGGGAAAGUUGUGUUGCAUUAAGCGGCCGACACUUUGUCUGAAUGCUGCCGACGAUAUUUUUGCACCCGUUUGUGCACUUCCAGUCGAUGAAGUAGAAGAAUCCAGUCACGUGGCAAUGAUAGUGACCUCCCGGGGCGGACACAUCGGCUUUAUGGAAGGCUUGUCGCCGUUUAUGCCGUUUUUUACCGAAAAACUUUUACACCAAUAUCUCAGAUCGUUGGCCAAACUCAAAGACAUUAAACGAGAUUUGAUUUAUUGAUUUGAUUGAUUGAAUCGAUAGUUAAUUAUAUAUAUUUUUUGGAUAAUUUUUUUUUAGUUUUUUUUAAAAAAAUGUUUUAAAGGUUAUUUUUUAGCUAGACUAUUUUAUUUUAUUUUUGACGAUAACCACAACAACGAUGAACAAUGAGAAUAGUUUUUUAUGUAAAAAAACAAACAAACAAACAAAUUCUUAUAUAUAUAUAUAUUAUAAAUGUGAUAA